CUCGAGAAUGGCUGUCUCCCUCUCCAGAGUAGCAAGCUUCGUAAACUGGCAGUGACCAAGAUAUUCAAAACCAAAAGUACCCAGAUUUGCCGGCUGCUUGUCUUACCCUUCGCAGGACUGUCGCUCUGUCUUCCAUGAAGAGUGCGAUUGUUUCCUUCCUCGCGGGAUUAUGGAAAGAAGAAGAAGAGUCAGAAAGGAUGCAGAUUCAAGCGGUACCGGGCUUGAUGACGCUCUUGGACGUCGCUCUGUAUCGAACAGUAGAAGGACAGCUGACGGCAACGAUCCACGCUAGCCACCAAAUUCUGGAAGCCUGGCUGGAUGUGAAGCGGCAGGCGGUUACGGUUCUCCAGGCACUUCGCAAAGAACUCGACCUCAACGCGACGCGUAGAAUCCAGCUGGAUGGAUUCGCCCGCACCGCGCUGGAUGCGGCCUGUGACGCCGUGGAGCGUUUGACGACGGACAAACUCGCCCAAACAGCAAACUUAAGCGAUCCUUUUCCGCAACAGGGCACCUCUGGAAAUGCGGGCAGUGGAAUAAAUCAUCAUUACUCGCAUAGUAUCAGUGCAAACCUUAGUCAUCUCGACGAGUCUUCGCGGAAUGACACCGGCCGCCGAAUACCAAUGCGUCAAAGAGGGAAAGACUGCUGGGAAUCACCGCGUUUGCAUUGCCCGGACUAUGUGUGGGCCGAAGACUUCUCGCAGGCUUGUCAUCGACUAAUCAAACAUUUAUACAAACAUCCCUUUCUCGGUGACGAUCCGGUCGAGACGUCGACCGUGUUAGCCAACGCACCCCGGAAAUCUUUUUUGAUGUCAGCCGACACCGAACACGAGGCACAGAUCCUGGUUCGGCUACUUAAAACCGAUAUUCCGGUACGACUGUACCAAUUCCGUGCCUCCAUGGAAGCCGAUUCUGUUGUUUCAAAGCGUCUCUAUCUUGUCAAGUGUGAAUAUCGUGCCCCGUUCCGAGCGUUUCUGGAAGCCCACCAAUCGGUCCAGCGCGCUCCCAGCUUGGAACUAGUGGGUGAAUACACUUCGGGAUCAAACCGAAAAGUAGCCACUCGCCGUGAGGAAGCCAAAGAAAGACUUUCCAAACUGUUGGAAACGCCUUGCUUAGUGAAAUCGCUUGCGCUGGAGCAAGAGAUUGAAAACUCUGAAUUGGAGAUCGCCAAAAUUCUUUACCCUUUUUGCGAAUUGGCGCGUUACGUUGAACACAAAAACGCGCGACUAAGGUCAACAUCAGGUCUUGUUGACGAAGACAACGUCAUCGAGCUGCAAGAUCUUCUUCGCAGGCUAAAGGGGUUGCUGUGUCGUCGAACGACACUAUCCACAGAGACAUCAGCUGGUAUUCGUCCCCUCCUUUUAGAUCUGCAAUGUCUGCCACGUGACGAAGACGGAUUUACUCCCUAUCAGACUCCAACGGCUGAGCGGGUCGCCCAACGAGCAACGGAACUUGUGAACGAGCUGCAGAUCUUGUCGAAGAUAUCGCAGAAGCGCCACGUCUUUGCCACGGAAGGCAAACAUGAACUGGAUUUGCGGCCAUCAAUAUCGCGGGGAUGCAAUGAUUUGGACGGGGAACUCUUGCACGCUCUUAUCGUCGAUUGGUUUUCCAUGGUACAUCGGCAACAUGAAGUGAUUGGUGAAACUGAUUUUCAAGAAUUAGCAGAAAAAUUGCGACAUGCGGAAAUGCAGAUGAGUCUCGCUGUUGCCACGAACCAGUCGUUGGCUGCCGUACGGGAUCGUCUCAACUUAAUACACAAAGAUCGGGAAAUGAAGUUCCAAGUCCUUAAGGAGACUCUGGAAGAUCUUUCCUUACGUGAAAUGAAUCUCGACAUCGAAGUCUCCUCGCCCGAUAGGCACAGAAUGCUGUCUCUCCAGCCGACCUCAGCAUUGGGUGUGUUUGGACAAGCUAUGCAGCUUGCUGGUGAAGCGCUUCCAAUUGGAUGAGCGAAAUCUUUCGUAUAGAGCACAAUUUAAAUUAUUCUGGCUAAUGCAUGUGAGACUGCG